UCUAUUUGAAAACAAUAUGCCAAAAUUGACAUUUUGUUUUCCUUUGUGAAAUCAAAAUAUCCAUAAUGUGUUUUUAUUUGAGUAAAGUCAGUUGAAAUAGGGAUUGUUGAUACAAAAAUUGAUGUGCCUUUUUUAUUUAUUUGAAAUUUGGAACUAAAAAAAUUGGAAAUGCCUACAAUUCGUCGACGUCAUGUAUCCUAUGGGAGCAUUCAUGAUUCAGAAAGUGAGGGUGGCAGGGACGAUGUGGAUAGCCUUAACUUUGAGUUUCAAGAUGGAGAACUUUUUUAUGGUUCUGAUCAAAAAUUACCAUGGAAAACGAUAUUCUUUGUGAUGUUUUUUCUGAUUGUUGGGACGAUUUGCUUGACGACUGCAGGACUAAUUUUCACAGAAGUUAUAGAUCAAACUUAUGUUGAUCGAGCAUCUCCGUUGCUUAUUCUUGGCUCGCUAAUGAUUAUACCGGGCGGUUACUAUGGCUACAUAUUGAUGUCAAUCUUGGCAAAGCGUGAAGGAUUUUCAUGGGAUGAUAUUCCGGAAAUUUAAAGCCAAAGAUAAGGUACCAAUUCUUAUAAAAUAUAAACAUUUAGAAAACUUCGUUCUAACUUAUUUGAAAUAUAGUUGAAAUUAUAUAUAAUGACUAUAGCUGAAAAUAGAAGACACUAUAUGCACAGCACUAUCAAAAAAAUAUAUUCCGGAAAUUUGAAACCAAAGAUAAGAUGCCAAUUCUUACAAAAUAGAAACAUUUAGAAAACUUCGUUCUAAUAUUUGAAAUAUAGUUAAAAUUAUUAGAUCAUGGCUAUAGCUGAAAAUAGAAGACACUACAUAUAUGCACACCACUAUCAAAAAAAUUGUAGACUAAUUCUGCAAACCAUUGUCCUCUCCACUAGCGGUCUUAUAGUUAAAGCAUUUAUAUAAACUGACUGAUAACUAACUCAACUCUAAUAUUUAUGUGAUUUUUAUUUGAUACAUGAUUAUAUAUUUGUAAAAACAACUAAUAAAAUAUAUUUAUGUGACUACA